GGAAAGUUGAUGAGGGACAUGCUAGACCAGCUUUUUCAUCUAGGAGAAGGCGUGGCGAAGGAACACGUUGUUCAGCCUGGGGCCGCAUUUAUGAAACAAAGGAAAUACUUAGUCACAUAUUCUUAUUCAGGGCUUGGAAUAACUGCACAUUGUUCUUAACGAUCUGACCCCGACCCGUAUAGAGCACUCGUUGUCUCACAGAUCCAUCCAUGACUCACAUUUCAAGAUACUCGGCGUCGAGGAUCCACAUCUACAUCUAGGCAGUCGUCCAAUAUGAUGUUGUUUCAAGAGCCAUGUAUAACGUAUUUUGAGAUUGAGUAUCUUCCAUAUUUUUAUUCAUCGAGGAUUUAUUUGCUUUCAUUAUACUAGCCACAGCGGUACCGGUUGGUCUACCUCCUUGCAUCGAUACCAGUCUCGUCAGGUCAACGCUGCCUGCUGUUAUCAUCUCUACCUUUCUUCACACUCGAUGGGAGCUGUUACCGCAUAGUGAAGCUUUUGCAGCAGACACAUUAAGCUAUAGGAUUCGCCUCUUCGAAGAGAAUCUUACUCAUCACGGAUAG